CUAUGCCGCAGGAUAUCGGGUACAGAGCGACAAAUAUAUAAACGAUCAUUGUGAGAACUAUUAUUUUUAGAUCCAUUUGUUUAAAAUUUUAUGGUUUUGUUCUGUUUUUUUACCAUCACACACACCUAUUGUUUAUUUGGUAACGCUAACUCUAUUUUCAAGACCCAAGCUUAUGUGGCAUAGUGGUGAGAGAAUAUGCAAAGCAUGCUCUCUCACCCUGGGUUCAAAUCCAAGCGUGGAGAGGGGCAUUCACAUGGAUUUUCCCAAUCCUCUGGGAGAUGUAGUCGGACCAAAGAUCCGGUGAACUUCCGGAUUAUCAAAAAAAAAAUAUUUUCAAGAUUUGCGAUAAGUAUUUAGUUGUUUACGUAAGAAUUAUAAUAAGUGAAAUUUUGUAUUGAGAACAGUCAAUUAACCUCAAUAUCAGAUUUCCUUUUUUUUUUUCUUUUAUUUAAAUCUUCGUUUUUUGGACCCAAGAGAGUCGUUUACUGUCCACCGUGGAAACUAAAACAUACAAUAGUGUGAACACAAAUUUACCGAAACCCAGUUUUUUUUUUUUUUUUUUUUUGUAUAUGAUUUUGAGGGUAUAACAAUGUUUAUUUCUCUUGAUAAAAAAAAAAUGAAGAACAAUACCAAGAAGUUGACUUUGUGGCUUCCUCUCCGUUACUUAUAUCUUCCUUCUCGGAUUCCCAAAUCACUACAGCUCUGAUCUCUCUCUCUCAUCCAUUUCUUGUCCUCUUAAUCCUCGUAUUCCGUCCGAUUUAUCCAUUAGCAUACAAGAAUUCAUAUAUAUAUAUAUAUAUAAAGUGAUGGAGAAGGAUGAGAGGAAGGGGGAGAUAAUAAGAGUGGUGGAGGGAAAGCUGCCACCGGGUUUCAGGUUUCACCCAAGAGACGAUGAGCUUGUCUGCGACUACUUGAUGAAGCGACUUCUCCGCAGCCAACGCCACCAGCCUGUCCUCCUGCUCGACGUCGACCUCAACAAGUCCGAGCCCUGGGAUCUCCCUCAAAGGGCAUGUGUGGGAGGGAGAGAGUGGUAUUUCUACAGCCAAAGGGACAGAAAAUACACGACGGGGCUAAGGACGAACCGUGCGACGGCGACCGGCUACUGGAAGGCGACCGGAAAAGACAGGGCGGUGAAAAGGAGAGAUGCGCUCGUGGGGAUGAGGAAGACGCUGGUGUUUUACAAAGGCAGGGCUCCUAAAGGACGUAAAACCGAUUGGGUCAUGCACGAGUUUCGGCUUGAAGGUCCCUUUGUUCCUCCCAAGGAUUCUCCCGACUCUCCAAAGGAAGACUGGGUCUUGUGUAGAGUGUUCUACAAGAACAGAGAAGGAGCUAACAAGGACAACAUGGGAAGCUGUUCUAACGAGACAGCCUCUGCAUCUCUUCCUCCUCUGAUGGAUUCUUGCAUUAGCCUUGGCCAACCUGAUCACCAAGAACCCUCUUCUCAUAUCAUCAAUCAGCAAGUGCCCUGCUUCUCCAUUUCGUCACAGACCCAAACCGAUCCAUCUCUCCCAGAUCUGACCAGUCUGGUUUCUGAACCCAAGACACCCUCCAAGAACCCUUUCCCUUUGUUCACGGAUCAAGCUCCGACCAUGGCCGCUGGGUUGGACGCGUUCUGCUCUGAUCAGAUGGUUCUGAGAGCUCUGCUCAACCAGCUCACUAAGAUCGAUGGAUAUCUCGGUGCCAAAGAAUCUGAGAGUUUCGGAGAAGGAAGCUCUCAGAGUCUCUUGACCGAAGUUGGGAUUUCGACCAGUGCUUGGAACUACUGAAGUCGAGGCUUGUGACAGGGUUAUUACAUUCAUGUUCACGGUUGUCUGGUUUGUGCAAACGUUCAUCACACUAUUGUAUGAUGCAGAUUCAUGUAAACAUAUAUGUAUAGACUCUGGAGAACA